UAAUCAGAGCUCUCUUCUGAUUGGACGAUGAGGUUAACGCUCUCAGUGACCAAUCAACGAGCAGCUCAGAUUCUAUAUAAGGCUGGCGUUGAACAGGUCCGGCUUCAUUCUUUUCUUUUUAAUCGACGAAAGAAAUUGCUAGAAAAUGUCUGGACGUGGUAAGACCGGCGGAAAGGCCAGAGCAAAGGCGAAGACUCGCUCCUCCAGGGCCGGGCUCCAGUUCCCCGUCGGCCGUGUCCACAGGCUGCUGAGGAAGGGCAACUACGCCGAGCGCGUCGGUGCCGGAGCUCCGGUCUACUUGGCCGCGGUGCUCGAGUACCUGACCGCUGAGAUCCUCGAGUUGGCUGGAAACGCAGCCCGUGACAACAAGAAGACCAGGAUCAUCCCCCGUCACUUGCAGCUGGCCGUCCGCAACGACGAGGAGCUCAACAAGCUGCUCGGAGGAGUCACCAUCGCUCAGGGUGGUGUGCUGCCCAACAUCCAGGCGGUGCUGCUGCCCAAGAAGACCGAGAAGCCCGCAAAGAAGUAGAUCGCUACCGGGAGAACAACUAAACAAAGGCUCUUUUAAGAGCCACCCAUCACUACUACAAGGGCUAUGAAUUCUACAUGUGAUUUAUUUUAUAUAUUUUCUAUAACCAGCAAUAAGUAUAAACGAGGACGCCAAGUCAAAGGUUGAAACCUAAAAUUACAUUUAUUUAAUGGAGUUGCCAUAAACCUAUUUGAUCUUGUAAUAAUAACUAGUCUUGCAUAUUAGCAUUUUAAUGUCAGCAGUGUCUUCAGAUAAAUGCAUAAUUACUUGUCAAUUGGAGAUUUCGUUUUUAUUCAUCCAGAAGGGAAAGCAUAAAUAAAAAUCUUUACAAUAAUAUCUCUACAUUAGGGAUUAAUGGGGGACAAUAAUUUGCAUUAAAUUAAAAGUUAGUCCAUGAGUGGUUAACUCUCAGUUUGUAAUUUAUGGCUCAGUACUGUUAAGUGGUUGUAAAAAUAAAUGAUGGGCAGAAGACAGCAGUUAGCUGUAUAAAAUUAACAUUCAUGAGCAAAAGGAGCAUUGUGUAGCUAAAAAACUGUCGCUCAGACAUCCCAAUUUGUUCAGCCAUUCGGCAUUGUACAUUGUUCCUCUGGAAUCUUAUUAGUAUCAAUGUUUUUUGUCAGUCCCGUGGAGCGUUGCUAGCCUCCUGACUUUCCUCUUAGCAUGGUUGCAAUUAUAUUUCAGGUACCAUAGUCACACUGAAACAGUGUCUACUGACUGGUGACCUGUCUAAUCUAAUCUAAAAAGCAGCACUAUCAUAGUAGUUUGAGUUAAUUUAAAUGCUAUAUUAAUAGGAGAUAUGUAUUUAAA